GAAACCAGGAUGAUAGAGUAACAAGAAUCCAGUACGUACAGUAUCUUUCUCAACUCCGCAACGAGGAAAACUCUUGAGAAGAUAACAACCAAGUAAAGUAAGUGAUACAAACAACCUGGCUGCUAACUUUUCCAUACUCCAUUUCCAAAUAAUAAUAAUAACCAUUGAAAGACCGGGACCAACCACCUGAACUAUGUGGUCGAAAGCAUACAAAUCGCUCCUCUAUACAUCCCUCAUCGCACGCCCCCAUUGCAUCGCUGCCUUCACCCCCAACGCUCUCGCCACCGUAGCCACGGCUUUGAACAGAAGCACUACCUGCCAGGAACGAAGCAGCACCCUCGCAACAACACGCAGAACGAUGACUGCCGAUGCCAAAUCCGCGGUAGACGUGGGCGCGGACCCCUAUGUCUGGCUGGAAGACGUCGAAUCGGAAGAAUCCCUCAACUUUGCCAAGGCCUCGAACGAGAAGUGCCUGGAGGCCCUCGGCGAUCCAAAGGCCGGACCGACCUACGACCGGGUGCUGGAGGUCCUCGAAUCGGAGGAUCGCAUCGCCUACGCAUCCUGCCACGGACGCGAUCCCGAUCGGGACGACCAGCGCAUGUAUUUCAAUUUCUGGAAGGACAAGGAGCACCCCAAGGGGAUCUGGAGAAAGACGACGGAAGACGAAUACAGCAAGGACAAGCCGGCCUGGGAAACCGUCCUGGACGUCGAUGCCCUCGCGGAAAAAGACGGGAUCAGCUGGGUCUACAAGGGUUCUGCCCUCUUGCCGCGGGGACGGGAUCCCACCAACGGAAAAAUCGUCACCAGGGGCCUGUUGAAACUGUCGCGCGGGGGAUCCGAUGCGGUCCAUGUCAAGGAGUUUGAUUUGAMCACGAACGAAUUCGUCGGCGAAGAGGACGGCGGCUUUGUCGUUGGGGAGGCCAAGACACGCAUCAGCUACAAGGGACGGGACGUGGUGUUGGUCGGAUCCGAUUUCGGAGAGGGAUCCCUCACGGAUUCCGGGUAUCCGAGAACCGUCAGGGAAUGGACCCGCGGGACCCCACUCGAAGACGCCCCGACCGUCUUUGAGGGAGAAGCUACGGAUGUUGCAGUCAAUGGGUACCUAGCCGAUGAACGCAUCUGGGGAGGAAGCAUCUGGCAGGUUCACAGCCGCAGCAUUACAUUUUACACGAGCAAGUACUGGUUUGCAAAGCUGACCGAAGACCACCUGCUGAAACCCGAGGAUCGCCCCGCCGACCUCCCCGAACCAGAGUUCAAGGAAAUGGACAUCCAAGACGAUGCCGGAUUGGAUUACAUGGGAAAUCUCUUGUUCAUUGAAUUGCGAUCCGACUGGACUCCGAAAGACGACGGCGUCACGUACAAGCAGGGAUCGGUCAUCUAUUGUGACUUUGAAAAGUUUUGGAGCGGCGGCAAGGCCGCUGUGGACUACAGCAUUCUGUUCGAACCUACCGAGAAAACGGCGUACGAGUACUUUACGGUGACCAAGAAUUAUUUGAUUCUAUCCAGCACGGAUACCGUCAAGUCGAAACUGCAAUUCUACAAGCUUGGUGACAACGGAAACUCGAUUACGUUGGUUUCGGGGGGCAACACCGAGGCGAAGAUUCGCGAUGCCAACUGCCGCACCAUUGAUGCAAAGGAGAGCGACGAAUUCUGGUUCACCACUAGUGGAUACACGACUCCCAGUACUAUGUACUCUGCCGACCUGAGCAAAAUCGAGGAAGAAGGAGCGUCGGACAAGGAAGACGCAUUCAUCAUUGAAAAACUCAAGAGCUUGCCGUCCCAGUACAAUUCCGAUGAUCUCGUGGUGGAACAAAAAUUCGCCACCAGCAAGGACGGAACCGAAAUCCCGUAUUUCAUGAUCCGAAAGAAAGACAUCGAGCUCAACGGCAAGAAUCCCACUCUGUUGUACGGAUACGGUGGCUUUGAGAUCUCGCUCACUCCGAGAUACGGUGCCACGACGGGACUGGCCUGGCUCGAACGCGGUGGCGUUUACGUCGAGGCCAACAUCCGCGGAGGUGGCGAGUUCGGUCCCGGCUGGCACCAGGCGGCGCUGAAGGAGAACCGCAACAAGGCCUACGAGGACUUUAUUGCCGUUGGCGAGCACCUGAUCGAAACGGGCAUCUGCAAACCCAAGACCCUGGCCGCCCGGGGGGGCAGCAACGGCGGGCUGCUGAUGGGAAACAUGUACGUGAUGAGGCCCGAUCUGUGGGGCGCCAUCCACUGCGCCGUCCCCCUGCUGGACAUGAAGCGCUUCCACACGCUGCUGGCCGGUGCGAGCUGGAUGGCCGAGUACGGGAAUCCAGAAAACGACUGGGACGACUUUUUGCACCAGUACAGCCCGUACCACAACAUCGACGCGGACCGGGCCUCGUACCCGCCGAUCCUGGUCACGACGAGCACCCGCGACGAUCGCGUCCAUCCCGGCCACGCCCGCAAGUUUGUCAAGAAGCUCUGGGACAUGGGCGAAGGAAAAGACUGGCCCGUGCACUACUACGAAAACAUCGAGGGCGGCCACGGAGGUGCCGCCGACGCGAAGCAGUCCGCGUUCAUGACGUCUCUCGCCUUUGACUUUAUGUUCGAGACUCUGUCCGAAAACGCCAAGAACAUGGACUAGUAGAGCUAAACUAGUUGAGAGUUGU